CCUUGCCUGUGGAAUAGCCAUGUUAAUCAGUCGACAUCCUCCCUUUAUUGUUUACUCAGGGUACUCCUUCUGGGGAAGCAUAUUUUUCAUUGUUUCAGGAUCCUUCUCAAUUGCAGCUGAAAGGAAACCCAUAUGCCAGCAAAGCAGCCUGGAAACAAAUAUUAUCAGCACCAUACUUGCAGGGAUUGGGAUAAUCACCGCUUCAAGCAAUUUAUCCAUCACUGCAAUGGGUAUCUACCAUCAAGAGAAAUAUGACUCUGCAGAGAACGCUUUCCUGCUGUCUGUGUUGCUGAUCUUAAUAAUCCUGGAAUUUUGCAUUGCGAUAGCCCUCACCAAUUUUAAGUGUAAAAUGUCAUGUGUUAACUUCAGUGAGAGUGAAGGUUAUCUGCCCUCUAAUUCCAAUGAGCCAGAGAUAGCUCUCCAUGAACGUGUCUAUGAACACUUGACCAGCGGUUCUCUGGAUUAUGACCAGUUAAACUUCCAGAAAUGA